GAAUAAUCCAAAAGUUUGCGCUUUUACGGUUAAGAUAACAUUUUCGUGAACGUUCAACUUACUAACUACAAAAUCGUAACCUAACUGCUCGGAAUUGCAAUGAAGUUAAUGUUGGUUAUUUUAUCCUUUGCCGUUAUUGGCAUCACGACAGCCAUGCACAUGGUAGAUAUAAAGAGAGAUGCACCGCUGAAAGAUCCAGAGAUGAAAAGAAAGAUCGAAGACUUGAUAGCCGUAAGUAUUACAAACAAGGACAAGAGUGAUUAAGAAAACGAAUGCGUAAAGUUCGUGGCUUCCUGAGGUGAAAAUAUCCACUUUUACCACGAAAAAGGAAUCUUUUUUUUUUAUUUUUUUAUUAAGGGUUUAUUAAGUAUUACUGAAAUAGUGAGUGAAAUCUGAGUUCGUUUUUACUGAAUACCGUUCCUAAUAGCUUCAUGUUUAAACUCGCUACUGUCGUAAUUUUAAAAAAAUUCGCUUCUGAAAGGAGAGAGGUCAUCCUAUUAGGGAAAAAUUAUCGUUUUAAUUGAAUUGAGAACUCCUCGUUACAAACAAGGUGCAAUUGUGAUUAUUGUAAGAAUAACACACGGCAACAAAUUAGGAUUAUUAUUUCGGGCCGACCGCAUUUCACAUUUUUUAAGCUUGUCCAUUUUCAGAUUUCUUCGAUUUUUCCCUUUGAAUGGCCUUUUCAACCUUCUGAUUUUUUUUUUUAUCUUUAAGAGGAACUAGGCCUGAGAUUGCCCAUUAUUGGUUUGGUUGUAUUAUACUUACUAGCUUUUGAAAUACACGAACAGUUAUGAAAUUCAGUAUAUAUUAUCUGAAUGUGGUGUUUCGGUUUACUCUUAUUCCCUUAAAACUGCACGUAUUCAUAAAAUUUUUUCCAUAUCUUGGCUUUAGUCACUGAUUUCGCAGCGAAGUAGUCGUUUUGUAGUUUUCAGUGUGACGAGUCCAGGGAAGAACGAGGCGAACGCGAUAGACGCGGAUGACAAGCGAGAGGAACAAUACUGAUAUAUGCCUUCGAUCACUUGAAAGCGCAAAAUUGAUCGCGCCAGUUUUGCAUGCCAACGCAGCGCCCCUUUUGGCAUCAACUUACGGCAUAGUGAGCUGAGUUUAUUCAAUAGAACAGUUUUCAAUUGUCAGUCGAAAAUAAUCGGAACACGCAUCUGGUUUUUCUUUACUCGGCGCGGAGAUUAGUCUCAAAAACCCGCGCCUCCUUCUCAAACCAACCCGAUUCAAAACUGAAACCAAUCGCGAUUUGGUCACUCCUAUUUUCCUGCGCUUUAGGCAGUUAACCUGUUUUACUUUGAUUUUCCAUCAGCGUAUUUCGAUAUUUUCAUUUGCUUUGAUUGGCUGUUGUACACGACUGAUGCGGUUUUAGCUUUACGACACGCAAUCGAAAAAGGCGAUCUUAGAUCAAAAGUCAACGUCAAUUGAGAUCAAUCCAAUGUGUUCAUUAUUGAUGUUUGUAUUGCAGGAAAGUCUAACGAAGCUGCAUAAAUGUCUAUCGGACACAAAAAAACUGAAACAGUGCUUCAAAGACUUCCACACAGACCUGAAUCCUCCUCCCGCGGCCGUAAGUACCUCAUCCUACUUACUUGAUAAACUUUCCGCUUCAAAGUCAUAACGACAUCAACUCAAGACCUCAUAAUUACAUCAAUUUAUCCAAGUUCCCUUGACAUGAAACUGCAACUGAGGAUAUCCUCUCCUUCCACUAGCUCAUGUGCUAGUCCAUAGCUACAACUUCCCCUCCCCUCCCCCUCCCCCACCUCUUUCCCCUACCCCCUCCUUACACUAAUCAGGUACCGAGCCAAGAUCAGGGGUAAAGGUCGUCGACCAUUUAAAAACAGGUUCUCGAAGAAGUCAGACCUCUCAACGGUGACCAAGAAGAGAUGAGGACAAAGCAAGUUAAAAACAAAUGUUCCCCAUCCCCUCCGCUCCCCUACCUUUUGACCGUCGCCCACUGACCGCCUUGAUACAGUUUCUUUUCUCUCCUGAGCCUUCCGCUGCAGUAAAAAUCUCUGCUGGCCGCUAUAAUUUUCACUAAGACUGAAUACUGAGUACUCGCUCGCUAAAAUUAUGUCUGCUGUGCAGGUUUAAUAGCAGAGCUCGCAGAGCGUAGCCCCAUAAUUAUACAAAAUAGUAGUAACCCAUCAAGCCGAAAAAAUUUGGACUUACGACCGUACGACCGACCGUACAAGAUGCUACUUUUACCAUGCGUGGUCAACUGUACCGCGGGAACACCAAAGCCACGGCUUUGACCAGUAAUCUAGUGGUCAGUGCACUGAGCUCCGAGUCGGACGACCCGUGUUCUAGUCCUGGCCGAGGCAAGGCGUUGUGCCCUUAAGACGUGCGGGAAAAAAAAUGCGAGCUCCGCUUUUAGGCUUGGCUAAAUCUAUAUAUUAACUGUAAGAUUCUGUAUUAUUUUAAUGUACAGAGCUCCUGUACAUUAAAAUUACAUUUGCUGCGCAGGCUAAUAACUGUUAGAUUCUGUAUUCUUUCAAUGUACAGAGCUCCUGUGAGAACAAGUUUGAGGGAUGCUACACCAAAGCGAUCCAGCAUCAUAAUGGAAUGAAAUGCCUUAAAACUUUUCUCAGAUGCCUGGAAGAAAACGUGUCAUUUGAGUAAGACGACCCGGCGUUUUCUUGUUGCCGGCAGAUAUGGAGAAUGAAAGAUUCAGUGAACAUGAAUAAAGCUAUUCUUAAAGUGUCGUUCGCCAUGGUCUUACUUUCGAUCGAGUUUCACCUCAGUCAAUUUGUAGAUAACUAAAUUUAACCCCAUCCCUGUUGAAGAGCUGAUUUUCGUUCGAGACAAUGGCAACUUUGGAAAGAAACCACUAUAUUAUGACUUAAUUAGACGUCAGUUUUGGAGGAGCGCGAUCUAUGCCUCGCAAGUCAUGAGUUACUGUGUGACUCUCAAAACUGUAAACACUUUGAUUUCAUUUCAUUUUCAUUCAUUCAAGUGUUCUGGCACAUCAAAACAAAGAUCAAAACACGUGAGCAAACUUCAAACCACAAACCACUGGACCGUUAAGUUUUUACUUAAUAUUUCCCUGGAACACAAUGACAUUCAACAAAUAUUUUGAUGAUCGCGGUUUUAAGAGUUGCACAGUAUAGUCAGUUUCAUAUGUAUCUUUAACCUCAGUUUAUCUCCACUGAUAUUUCCCCUAUUGAUAACCUGAUUUUCUCAUCUAUUUUAUCUUAGAUAUUUUGAUUUGAUUGAUAUUUUCAAGGUUACACAAGCAUUAUUUAUCGAAUAAUUACAAUUAAGAGGUCUACAUCGACAUAAAACAAAGAUGUAUUGACAAAAUUGCAUUUUUCAAUGUUAGUCAGUAGCGAUUCAUUACAGGGUGAAUUUUGAUUGACGUGAUGUGAUGUGAUUUAAGAUGAUAAACUUUAUUUAUUCAGGGUAGCCCAUUCAGCAAAGAGGUUCUAAUGUUAACUAACAAUGCUGUCUUACAAUAAAAACUACUAAUUAC